AACGCAUUAACAAAAGAUACAUGAGCUGCUUGCUUUUUUUUAAUCUAAUUGGAAAUGGAUUGAUAAAACUGAUUUGUAUCAAAGUUUAUAUUUGGUCUGUUGAUUUUAUACAUUUUUGAACUAGGCAAGAUAUUUUGAUUAUUGAUCUAGCCGCUCGUUGGCACAUGCGCCAUGGAGCACUUCAGCCCAGGAGAUCGCAAAUGGACUUCAAGGGCUGUGACAAUGUUUCUACUAGAUUUUUAUUUUAUAAAAUGUUUCAUUUGUUUUUAUAAAUAAAUGUUUAUUUAUCAUAUUCUUAUCUAAUUAGUGAAUUCAUUAAAAAGACCAAAAAAUGGGUAACGCCCAAGCUCAUGAAAAACAGUCGAAGGCUGGGAAGUCGCCAGCGAAGGGGAAACAUUUCAUGAGGAAUUUGAACAGGAAAGGAUCGGUCAAGGACGGCAAGAAACGAGCGAGAAAAAAGAGCCUCGCGAAACGAGAGGCGUUCGACAGGGAGGCCGAUAAAACGCCUGAUUCCGAUAACAAUGAAGCGAUCGAGGCAUCCGAUAACGAUACGGCCGAGUGCGUGUUCAAAACAUCGUGCCGGAGCGCGGGGGGCGGUGCGGCGGGCGCGGGGGCCGCGGAGACGAGCAGCGAGCACUCGGAGGUAACGGGGUCCAGGUGGUCCGCGGCCGCGCGCGCCGAGCGCCGGUCACCGACCCGCGUCCGCGACUCCGCGCUCCCGGCCCCCGCGCCCGAUGACUCCAACUCUGAGUCCGUGUUCACGGACCCCCUCACGCCGCUCGCCGUCGAGCUCAACCAGUGCUACUACUCCGCAGAGAGUGACAGCGCGCACGACGAGCCCUCGCGCGCCCUCUCGCCCCCGCCCGCCGGCGUCUCAGUCGACACAUCGCCUGAGAGCGGCUGGCCGGUUGUAAACAUGCCGCACGCGGACGCCGCCGCGACACGAACGCCAGAUACGGAAAAAGAAAUUGCAACUGACGUAUUCGAUGAAAACUGCGAGCCGAGCGACGUCGACGUAUACACGAUGGGUGGUAUACUGACGAGGCCGAAGUCCGACUCCGAGCCGAACGAGUGCAGCCAUGAAUUCCUGGAGAACCGGCUGAAGGCUUGCCCCGGGCAGACCGCCUUCACGGUGUCCAAGCACCGCAAGGUGGAGCUGCCGCCGGUGAGCGCGCCCGAUGCUCUAGCCCUCGCCCUCGUCGAUAGCGAAAUUGACCGACGACAUUCGAGUCUCAGCGAUGUGCCCGUAGCGGAAUCUAACGUUUUAAGAAAAGUGGCCUCGCUGACAUUGGACAAGCUGACAGAUACAAAGGUGGCGCGGCCCAGGUUCGUGCCAGAAAAACUGGACUUUCAGCUCUAUGAGAAGUUUGAAGGGCAGAUGCUACUUAAUUGGUUCGUGUCAUCGAUUGCUGACAACGGUAACUUUAAAAGCCUUGUAAGUACUCAAGAUCUGAAAAAUAUUGGGAUACAAUAUUGCACGCAUCUGUUAGCAGCUGGAGUUUUACGACAAAUAUCAGAUAAAGAUGCCCCGACGGAAAAUGUAUUUAAGCCAAACCUAAUGUAUUAUUGGGCACAUAUGGAGGCACCAGUUUCACAACCAGUUACUCCGGGAAGGUUACACACAAGCUCAUGGCCACCAGACAAGGAAACCAAUCAAAUGUCCCGUGAUAUAACAUUAUACACUGCCAUGGAUAACAAUAUGUUCUACAGUCAAAACAAUAAUGAUGAAACAAUUGAUAUUCAAGAGGCAAAAGCUAUUAUAAAGCAAUUAAAAAAGAAAUUACAAGAGGCAGAAUAUCUGCUGCAAAAAGUUAAAAUAAGUAAUCAAAUUGAAUUGUUGAACAGGAAUUUACCAAAUAGCUUUAAUUCAAUGCAAGAUAGUAAUUUAGUAAAAGAUAAAGUUGAGCUAUUAGUUGACAAAGAAGUACAGACUUCUAUGACACUCAAUGAAGAGAAUAAACUAACCAUUAGUCCUGUGAUAAGUACAACUAAAUAUGAUAGCCCAAUAAUAUCAAAUAAUAAUGAUGUUAAUACAGAAGAAAUAAGUAGGUUAGUUUAUAAAAAUCAGAUGGGUGACGCUGGGGAUAAAUGUGAAAAAAGAUCUGAAAGAAUAGAGAAUUAUUGUAAAUUAAAUAAAAGUAGAGAAUAUAAUAAACCAUUGCGUAAAGAUGAUUUCUUAGAUAACAAUAACCAAAUUAUUGAUAGUGAUGCUGUAAGUCUUCCAGAUAAAAGUUCUGACCGUCAAAAAUAUGAUACUUCCUCUGACUCUUCAUUUGCCAGUACUUACACUUCAAGCAAAUUGACCGAUGAGAAAAGUAACCAUGAACAUAUGUGGAACAAAAGUGAAACUGUUGUUCAGAAUGUAUCAUGUUUAAAGAAUGUGUCCACUACAAAUAUUAUUUUUUCUAAAGUGGAUCAGUAUGUUACAUCAGAACUAAGUCAAUCUUCUCUGGAUCAGUCACAAAAAUCUGCUGAUGAGCAAAGUGAAAGCUCAGCUAGUUAUGUUAAUGCAUCAACGUCAGAGGAAAAUUGCACACAGAUAGAGACACAUAGUGAUAUUCAAAUAAUACCCGCAAUUCGGGAUGCAACAUUGUCUAGUACGGAGUUAAACCACACAUCAUCUUCCCUUCCUCCACCUAUGCCUGGAAAAACACCGUCACCACCACCCGCACCGGGAACACAAUCAAUAGCACCUGAACUAAUGACUCCCGCACCAUACGUAAAUCCAGCACAAUCAAAGUCUUUACCAAUAUCAAUAACAAAUCUUCCGUCACUCUCAAUUUUAUCUGAAGAGAGUAAAUCCAACUAUGGAGAAGAUAGUAGUAAAGAUUUAAUUGCCUCAACUGUGGGAACUAAUAUCCCUAUUUCAAGUACAGACGCAUCUACAUCUGUUUCAAAUACGGAAAUAACUACGCCAUCAACAGAAACAGAUCCCCAAAAAUCAGAGGAGCUAUAUUACUCCAGUCCAGAGAAACGUCUAUCCCCACCUCCAGAAAAAUGUGAUACAUCAUUGCAAAGUUCUAAAGUAGGAAUUAUAUCAUCACCUGCAAUUUCCGAUGAAAUUACAACUAUCAUGAAUAUCAAGACAAGCAAAGUACCAACCUCACCUUGUAUUCCUCCUCCUCCUCCUCCGCCACCUCCUUUGCCUGGAAUGUCGCCCUCUCCUCCGAUACCUGGAAUAGCUCCACCUCCACCUCCAAUGCCAGAUUUGGUACCUCCACCACCCCCAAUGCCGGGUAUGGGGCCUCCUCCUCCACCUAUGCCUGGAAUGGGACCGCCACCACCUCCAAUGCCUGGAAUGGGGCCUCCUCCACCUCCAAUGCCUGGAAUGGGGCCUCCUCCACCUCCUAUGCCUGGAAUGGGGCCGCCACCACCACCAAUGCCUGGAAUGGGGCCUCCUCCACCUCCUAUGCCUGGAAUGGGGCCGCCACCACCACCAAUGCCUGGAAUGGGGCCUCCUCCACCUCCUAUGCCUGGGAUGAUGCCUCCUCCCCCACCUAUGCCUGGGAUGAUGCCUCCUCCACCACCGAUGCCCGGCAUGGAGCCGCCUUCACACCCAACACCAGGAGGAGGACCUCCUCCUCCGCCUAUGCCUGGAGCAGGCCAGUCUAUAGGUACUAUUCCCCCACCACUGAAUGCCUCCGGUCCCCCGGCGCACCAAGCCACCGGGCCCCUGCCCUUCCCUGCUCCUCCCGCCGGCGGAUGGAACAUGCAACGAGCCACAUUGAGGAAAACACCAAUAAAACCAGCCGCUCCUAUGAAACCGUUAUACUGGACACGUAUUUUGGCCGCGCCAACACAACCAGCCUACCAAGGAGAUUCAGAAUCGAGCAAAUUGAAACCUUUGUGGUUGGAAAUUGAAGAAGCGAAACUGGAUAAUAUUGAUGAAUUUACGGAUCUCUUCUCAAGACAAGUUGUUAAAGCACCGGCAAAAAAGAAAACUGAGGUUAAAGCGAAGAUAAAGCCUGUCAAAUUACUUGACAGCAAGCGGUCACAGAACGUAGGAAUAUUGGCACAAAGUUUACAUGUGGAAUUUUCUGAAAUAGAAAAUGCUAUAUAUAAUUUUGAUACAUCUGUUGUCAGUUUAGAAGCAUUACAACAGAUUUACGACUUGCGAGCAACCGAUGAAGAAUUGAUGCUAAUAAAAGACCACUUAAGUAAUAAACCAGAAAUCCCAUUAGAUAAACCAGAAAGUUUCUUGCACGAUUUAUCUGGGAUACCGAAUUUUGCGGAACGAAUAUCAUGCUUUAUGUUUCAAGCUGAAUUUGAGGAUGGUGUGAACACAACAAUGCACAAAUUAGAUAAUUUAAAACAUACAUGUGAGUUUCUUACUACAAGUGAGCCAUUGAAGCAGCUAUUUGCAAUUAUUUUGACUCUGGGCAACUACAUGAAUGGUGGCAACGGUCAAAGGGGACAGGCUGAUGGCUUCGGCUUAGAGAUACUUGCCAAACUGAAAGAUGUUAAGUCGAAGCACUCGCAGGUGACUCUGCUGCACUUCAUAGUGCGCACAUACAUGCGUGCGCGGGGCGGGGCGCUGUCGGCCGCGUGCGCGCUGCCCGUGCCCGAGCCCGGAGACGUGGCGCGCGCCGCCGCCAUUGACUUUGCUGAUGUCGCCGCACAUCUCAACGAGUUAGAUAAACGAUUGCAAGAUUGUAGAGAGCAGACAAAGAAAGUAUUAGAAUGUGAUGCUCAAAGGAACGAAGACUGUGUAUCAUCGUGUGGUGAUAACACAAAGAGAUUGGAAGUGUUCAAAGAUAAAAUGAAGACAUUCCUUGACGCGGCUGAGGAGAAGUUGAAGACUGAGAACGAUAACUUAGAAGAGUGUCGUGCCAAGUUCAUUGGCACAGUCAGAUUCUACCAGUACACGCCCAAGUGUGGCAAAAUAGAGGAGUGCGAGCCCAAGGAGUUCUUCUCGCUGUGGACUUCAUUCUGCAGUGACUUCAAAGAUAUCUUCAAGAAGGAAGAACAGAUUGCCAUAAAAGAAAAAUUAAAAGAAAAUAAGAAACUCCAAGACGAAAGAAAGUCUUUGACACAGCCUAAGAAAGAAGGUGGUUUAAAGGCACGUCUUCAAAAAUUGUCAGGUACAAGAAGAUAAGUGUUAAAACCUGGGAGCUAGGAAUCGGCCAUACAAACAUAGGACAGCACAAUUCUUACUAAUUUAUAUGGAGUACAAAAAAAAGAAUUUGCUGU